UCAUUCAGUUGUUGGUUGGAGCUGGGCGAUGUCAACACUGACUAUCUUCCUCGACCUCUCCGCUCAACGUACCCUUUUAUACCUCUCUCUCUCUACAAAUUUGCCGCACAAGGAAAGAACUUAAGUCUAAGCAUUCUUCAUCUCUCUCAGAUUUUGCUCUAAUGGCGUCCCUGCUCUCGUCUAGGGUUUCUCCAUCCUCUUCUCUAUGCAACCUCUCUUUCUCACACUCCCUUGGUGAUAAAACCCUACCCAAAUGCCAUACCCGGCGCCUCCAUUUCCGACCUGUGAAAUCCACAACAAUUAGGGCGAAAAUCAGAGAGAUUUUCAUGCCAGCUCUGAGCUCUACCAUGACUGAGGGUAAGAUUGUUUCGUGGGUGAAAUCGGAGGGGGAUCUUCUCUCGAAAGGCGAGAGUGUGGUGGUUGUGGAGUCUGAUAAGGCGGAUAUGGAUGUGGAGACCUUUUAUGAUGGGAUAUUGGCCGCCAUUGUUGUAAAGGAAGGCGAAUCUGCACCUGUCGGAGCUCCAAUUGGUCUUCUUGCUGAGACUGAAGAUGAAAUUGCAGAGGCCAAGGCUAAAGCUGCAUCUUCUUCAUCGUCUGUGUCAUCACCUGUACCACCAUCACCACCUCCAUCUCCAUCACCAUCAUCAUCACCAACACCACCUAUUUCUAGGGUCUCUUCGGGUAAGAUUGUGGCCACACCUUAUGCAAAGAAGCUGGCAAACCAACAGAAGGUUGAUUUGAAUAAGGUUAUCGGGACUGGACCUUAUGGUCGAAUUACUCCCUCUGAUAUUGAGGCAGCUGCAGGUAUAGCCAAACCUUCGAAUUUGGGGGCACCGAGUGCCAUUCCUACAGUGGCUUCAUCUCCUUCUCCUCCUCCGCCUCAACAAUCCUCUCCUCCUCCUCCUACUGUUAAGGGUGGUGCUGGCUCUUCGGGGUCUUCAGUCCAGGGUGGUGGGUCGACCGUAGUUCCUUUUACUACAAUGCAAGGGGCUGUUUCGAGAAACAUGGUCGAGAGCCUCCCGGUUCCGGUGUUUAGGGUUGGGUACUCUGUGACUACGGACGCCCUGGAUGCUCUCUAUAAAAAGGUGAAGUCAAAGGGGGUCACCAUGACUGCACUUCUCGCAAAGGCCACAGCAAUGGCCUUAGCAGAGCAUCCAGUUGUGAAUGCAAGUUGCAAGGAUGGAAAGAGUUUUACUUACAAUGCUAGCAUCAAUAUUGCAGUGGCGGUGGCCAUUGAUGGGGGCCUAAUAACUCCAGUUCUGCAGGAUGCUGAUAAGGCGGAUUUGUAUUUGCUUUCACAACGAUGGAGGGAGUUGGUUGAUAAGGCCCGAGCAAAACAGCUUCAACCGCAUGAGUACAACUCAGGGACAUUUACUGUUUCCAAUUUGGGAAUGUUUGGAGUUGACAGAUUUGAUGCAAUCCUUCCUCCAGGCCAAGGAGCAAUCAUGGCUGUUGGAGCAUCCAAGCCAACAGUUGUGACUGGGGGAGACGGGUUCUUCAGUGUGAAGAGUAAAAUGCAGGUGAAUGUGACUGCCGAUCACCGAAUAAUAUAUGGGGCUGACCUGUCAGCCUUCCUCCAGACGUUUGCAAAGAUCAUUGAAAACCCAGAGAGCCUAACAUUGUAGAACUUCUAGUUGAAGAGGAUUUCUCUUGUUUCUCUCUGGUUUGAAGACAACCAGAGAACCCGGAGGCUUGUUGUUGAUUUAUAUCCUAGGAUAAAGGCUUUUUUGUAAGUGUGAACGUUUUUCUUUUCUUUUCAUUUUCCUUUUCUUGGAUCUCUCUCUCUCCCUCUCUCUCUCUCUCUCUCUCUCUCUCUCUCAUGCAGCCGAAUACGUUUCAAUUGAAAUGUAGUAUUUUGAAUCUUAUCCAUUGAUAGUGAACUUCAACGCGUUCCUGUAUGAUUUAUGAGUACUGGACGUGUAUGUUGGUUUUCUCAAGAACCGAACUUCCAAUUUUGUAGUCUCAUGAUUGGUGGCCU